AUGCCGGGUCCAAGAGGAGACAGAGGGCGCGAAGGACCCCCUGGGAAGAGAGGACCACGAGGAAUAAAGGGAAUGAAAGGUCAACAGGGACUUCUGGGAAUGAAAGGAGAGCAAGGAGCUGUGGGAAUGAGAGGAGAGCGAGGCAUUGCGGGAAUGAAAGGAGAGCGAGGCAUUGCGGGAAUGAAAGGAAGAAAAGGAGACAAAGGAGAGAAAGGAGAAAGCGCCAAAGCAAGUCAAGCAAGUGUAGUACCACAAACCAACUGGAAACAAUGUGUGUGGAAAUCACAGACCGGUACUGAUAACGGGAAGAUUAAGGUAAUUAGAAUAAGAAUCAUAACACACUCCUAAAAAAAAUUUAUUCCUUUCUAAAUUAAAAUAUUAAAAAGACGAACGUCUUCUCUCCCACCCACCGUUUGCCAACACAUUGCAUAAAUGACUGAGUUACAUUACCUUCUACUUUGUUUCUUUUGGACGAGAAAAGGAAACCCAUCAUGCGUGAUAAAAUGAUCCCUGGCCAUAUGGAUAAGGACGACAAAAAUUGAAGCUAAUACAGAGCUUUUAAACAUUAGACGUAAUCUUGACUGGAGUUGUUAGUAUCAAUCAUCACACACGGUUGCUCAUCCUACUACAGUAUGUUUGAUUUGUUUGAUUGUAUUCCAGGACUGUGCGUUUAACAAACUGCAGUCUAAUUCAGCGCUCAGAGUCUCAUUCCAGGGAAACAUGAGGGUCCUGGGUAGUUAUAAGUGUAAUCGCUGGUAUUUCAAGUUCAAUGGAAAUGAAUGCCGUGGACCAAUGACUAUUGAGGCUGUUGUUUUCAACCAUUGGCCAUCUGCUGGGGACCAUUAUCUAAAUCAUCAUCGGUCAUUUGAGGGGUACUGUGAGAACAUUCCACAAGGCGCUGUUAGAGUGGAAUUGUGGGUAGGACGUUGUAAUAGUGGCCACACCUUGGGUGGUGCUUACACCGGGUGGUAUUCAGUGUCCCGGAUAAUGAUUGAAGAAGUAUCUAGGCCCCAGUCCUAA